CAACGGUCUCUGUGGUCUCUCAAACACCAGCAGACAAGACAUUCCAUGCCAUUCCAACACGUCGCAGCGCAUACAACGCGACCAAGAUAUGGCCGUUCAUCCCGAUCCUGAUCCCUCCUGUCCGCCGCUGCCAUCAUGACCACUCGGGCAAACCCAGAUGUACCUCCUACACAGCCCACGUUCGAGCCCGCCGACCCUGUUUCCAUCGCCGACCUGUCUCCAGUUCCUGCCAAUUCCUCAUCGCAUAUCCUUGCAAAUGUCGCCCUUGUCUGGCCCUAUUCCAGCUCCACAGGCACACUCGCGCUGUUAUUGGCAGACCCCGAUAUCCGGGCUAGGAAGGCAAGAGGACAGGUCAAGGUAGUCUUUCGUGAUGGAAGUGCCCGAGAAGUUGCGAGGACAAAAGUCGGAAUUGGGGACACGAUACGCCUCGCCCUGGUUGGAUGUGAAUGGGAAGAGACCGGAGAGACUGUAUCAACACCGGGAAAGAAGAUAGACUGGGACUUGGAAUUCAAGAGCCGGGUCAUCAUCCAGGUCUCGCGCGACGAUGCGGUGAUCGCUAGCCUGAACUACACGGCACCUGAAGACGAUAUACCUACCACUAAUGGACCGCUGGAAAUUCUCAGCACCCUCCGAGAUAUACGGCCUCAGUUGAACGGUACUCUAGACCAUGAACCAAGUACUAUCCACGUUCCCUUCGUCACACCUUCAAAGUCGGCCACGAAAUUCCACGGCACGACUUUCUUUGAUGCCUCGCUAGACCCUUUCACGGAAGACGAUGGGUAUGGUCAAGGCCGAGGGCGUAAACGCACAAAGUUUGCCAGACAUAGCGGAGCAUGGAAUCUGGUCAACUCAGAAGACGAAGAAACUCCUGUUCGGACACCACAGCAACCUGCAACCACCGUAGCGCUCGUUCAAACUCCGAGCCGUGAACAAGAUAACCUGGCCUCAAGCCCGCUGGGAGACGCGUCUGUGGACGGAAAUUCACCUCGAGAACAGCGCCGGAUUCAAGAAGAAGGCCAUGCUACCAGUCAAGAAUAUGCUCAAGAACAUCGCGCUAAAGAGGACCUCCUUCAUCAGGUUGAAGCGAAUUCCUUUGUUCGCCAGCAAACCACCGCUGGAACUAAACACCGCAAUCAAUUGCAGGGUAAUGUAGACAGUGGAUACAUUGCAGAGCAGCCGUCUGCUCAGGAGGAACAACUUGCGCACAACAUUGUCGGCGAAACUGCGAACAACGACCAGCCUGCUCAGCCAACAGAGCAACUCUUGUCACAAUCAGUCGUCAUGGGUCCUCCGCAGACGCCAAUGAGAAUUUCCCAUCUCCCUACACCAGAAGAAUUUGCUGUCGGCAGCUCUAGCGGUGCAGCUUCUGACGCCACGAGUACACCCCGUCUUCAUCCUCUGGCAUCUCCAGGACUCCCUCUCGUAUCACCCCUAGUUCGAAGGCAUGGCGUGGCGACUGGCUAUUUCCCUCCUUUCCAAGAAGGUCUUUCUCAGCUGGACGCAACAAGAGUUGUAGCAGCUGAUGAGGAAGCCAAUCAGCAAGGUGAGGCUCUGGUUGGGAUCCAGGACGCACCCAUUGGUCAUAGUAGGACAUAUGAUAUGAACCAGGAAGCAUCAAAGUUCCAUGAUGAAUUGGACACAUCGCUUGACGCUGUUGAGGAACCUUUCAACCAGAGACCGGCAUUGGCCAGUGCAAGCCCGCAUCCACCGAUUGAGCCUCAUCUCCAGUCCCCAUCAACCAAUCAAGAUUUUGAGGCACCGACAGCGGCUAGCCAUAAUUUGAAUGAGGCAUUGCAGAAUAAACACCCCGAAAUCACGGCAACCGAACAGUGGUUAUCCAGCGCGGAGCUGACGAUUGCCCAUGAGCUUUUGAAGCCUGACAACGAGUCCCAGAAUCUCCGUGCUAGGCAUCAGGCUGCUGAGAUCAUCGAGAUAGAAGAUGACGAUCUUUACGGAGCACCACCUGAUAUUGCAAAGAAGCCUGCGCCUCCCUCACGGGAGUUAACCUCGCCUAGCCAGCAGAAGAGUCCUUCGGAUGUGGUCGAGCAAUUUUUUCAGAUGUCGCCCGUGGCUGCAGCGACUGGCCAAGGGCCGGAGACUUUGGAAGGAUCCGCCUCCAGAAGAGCUCCAGAGGAGAUGACGGAGGUGGACCUGGGUAUCAGUACUGUCAAUUAUCGCUCGCCUAGUAUCUACGAUGGAGAUUCAUUUCCUCCUGAGCAGCAGUGGGAGCGACCAAAGAGCUCUCACUACAUCAAUCGUGGAUCCCCAACAAGCCACACUCCUGCUGUUUCUUCCUUGGAUGGCAAUGUUGAUGAGUCGGAAGGGUCUGCUCUUGCUCAAGGGCGUAUUGCUGAUGUCUCGGAGGCUCUAACGUGGAUGUUGGACCAUUCCCCGGGCAUGAAUCAACCUGCAGGUGCGGACAUUGACAUGGCUGACGAAUCUAGAGACCCAUCUCUACAGCAAACGUCGAAAGCAACCGCACAUGAGGUAGUUGAGAUCAUCAUGGAAAAGGCUGAUGAAACUGGUAUUCAAGAAGCAGAAGACGUUGCUAUCGGAGGUGAACUGCCCAGUGUUCCACAAAAGCCAGACGUAGUAACCCACCCUGCGACCAUCGGAGUUGUGGAGCUGGAUCACUCUCUUGUUGAAAUGCCUCAGGUCAUCAUAGAGGAGAGCCAGGAGAUACUUGGCAGCCUGCGAGAAGAGCGCUUCGGCAAAGAUGAAGCCAGUGGUGAUCAAGAAGCAGAGGAAAUCACCAUCAUUGAGGAGCGCCAGGUCUUCAUCUCGCAGGAAGGGGACGUUCCAGACAACUCUUUGGCUCCGACUUCCGGCCUCGAAGCUGGUGGACAAUUACUAAGUCCAGAUCAGACCCAGCUUGACCACCCCUUUGUUGAUCGUAAUGGCGAAAUGAUGUCUCCUCAAUGGCAUCCUUCCAUCGCGCAUGGGCUACCAACGCCUGUUCAGACGCAGGAAGAGCCUAUAGCUUCAUCCAUCGAGGAAACAACUAGGAGCCAGCCAGACGAAGUCGCAGCUCCUGUAAUCCGACCUCAGCCCCAAGCUGAAACUCCUGCACCACGCCGCAUCUCUCAACGACUAUCAGUCCGGCGCCCCAUCAUGCCGAGCGAUAUUUCCAGUCCAUACUUUACGCCUCGCCGGCCUUCGCGAGAACCAUCGUCCUCCCCUAUGAGAAAGGAAUAUCUUAAGCCUUUUGUGCCAUCCGUCAGCAGCCCGUCAUCACCUCCAGUACAUGGGCGCGAGGCUUCAGCUGAAGCACAGGAACCAUUUGCUCAGAUCAAUGGUGAGAAGAAAAUGAUAAUACAGAAUCACCAGGAAGUACAAGCUUUCGCGCCGCGAGCUAUGGGCACCACGACACCUCUUGCAUACUAUCCAUACCUCACAUCCCUUCACGAGCACUUCAGUCAAUUGGUCGACAUCAUUGCCGUGUGUAUUCAGGACUGUCCACAACCAGAACGUGCAAAGUCGGGGCCCAAAGACUACCACACAACACUGAGGCUAGUAGACUCAUCCUGCCAGUCUGACGCAGUCACCGUCCAAAUCUUUCGACCCGUCAAGACAGCGCUACCCACUCCUCGACGCGGCGAUGCGCUUCUUCUUCGAAAUUUCAAAGUUCAGACUCUGAACAGAAAGUUCAUGCUUUUGAGCACGGAAUCAUCCUCCUGGGCGAUCUUUCAAGCAAGCCAUGAUGGGAAGUCUCGUUGGACUGAUGUUCUUACCCCUGGCCCUCCCGUGGAGUAUGGUCCUCACGAAGAGCAAUAUGCCAGCUCGCUACUUUCAUGGUGGGAAGAAGAUGGCAACAAUCGUUUCGAAUCCUCGAACCAAGAUAUGACCAAGACAAACAUGUCGAAUGGAGUCAAGGUAUCCCGUCAGUCACCCAACAAGCCCUUGCCAGCUAGCCGGCGAAGAGGCAAUCGGGCCGACAACUUUGGCAAUGAGGGUGACGUUACCGAAGACGCCGAAGGAGAAGUUCAUGAAAGCAUUCCGUCGACUGAUACGACCGAUCACGACCCCAACGGAUCGACCACUUCGAUUGCGCCUUCAAGUCCUACGGCUGCCAUGACCGAACCCACACCGCGACGAAGUGUCCGACUCAGACAGUCUGCGAGUCCAGCGAAGGAAUUGAAGAAUGGCUCGCAAGAUGCCCCUGAUCAUGGUGGCGAUGAUCAUGAAGCCAAUGGGACUUCUGGAAACUGGUCAAAGGAAAGCAAUCGUCGUAGACAAUCUACGAUCUCGAUUGUGCCUUCGAGUCCCGAUAUGGCGAUGAAAGAAGCCACGCCACAACGAACUUCGCGGCCUAGAAGAUCUGCCACUCCGAUGCAGGAUGUCAGCUUCAGCGGCAACGACGAAGCGGGUACAAGCCCGGAGAACCUGAGAAAUGGUCGCAGAGGGUCAACCGUUUCAAUCGCCUCUUCAACACCUAAGCCUGGGACAAAGGAAGCGGGGCGUCGGCGCAGUGGGAGACAUAGGAAAUCACCUAGCUUGGUCCAUGAGUUGCGAGAUGGGACAAAGUACGUGGAUGACGGACAGCCUCGAAGGGCCAGUGUUGUGCACGAGUUGAGAGAUGGGGCCACAUAUGUUGAUGAGUGAUUGAAGUGCCGGGCUAUGGGCAGCGUGAUCAGCUGGAUGUGUAGAGCUUUUCUUGUCGAGAGGGAGAGAGGCCUGACACGUACGGCGGGUGUGCAUGUUUGCAAAAGGCGUGGUCCAGGCAAGGCCGAGGGCUCGAUUAUGCUGCAACCCUUGGACUGGAAUGGGCGGGAUUGGAUUGCGUAGCACAGCAAAGAUAUCAGAGAUAUCGUCGGCCUCUCGUGAAAACUGGCACAUAGAGCCGGCCAGGUAAAUAC